CUCAAUCAUUCUCCAAAUUUCAAUUCUUCCAUCAUAAUUUGACUAUCUUUCCCUUCUCGCCAAACAGUGUCAAAAAUACUAGCGAAAGUUCAAGUCAUAGUCAGUAGCACUAAAUUCUCAGAGGGUGUCGUCGACGAAUUCAGCAACAACAACAUAGUAAUAACGCCAUUCUUUCUGUUAGAGGAUGCAACAGAAUAUGGCUGUGAAUAGUUAUUCUAGGCGACCUGACUCAUUUCCAAACGAGGAAGAGCGUCAAUAUACUUCAACAAAAGCAGAAGGUCAGUGGCAAUGGGAUAGAGAUGCCCAGCAAAUGUCACCUCAACUCUACAGUGAUGGAAAAGGGGGAAAUGCUGGCAGAUCUUUGUACCCUAACCAUGUAUCAGACACGAAAAUGGGCUCCAAUCAAGAACAGAGAGUCCAUCCUCAGGAGCAAGCUAUGGAAGUUGGAUUUGAAGACAGUGCAGCCCCACAGACUUUGGAAAGGCUUGACCGAAGUUUCCAUAAUGAUAUUAUGAAAUUAAUGAAGGAACAGGAUGAUGCAGAGGAUUCAGAAAAUGCUAGACACAGAGAGAAAAUCGCCAAUAUCAAUAAUCAAUAUCAGGAAAAGUUAUCUGUACUUCGAGCUCAGCAUGCUGCUCGAAGAAAAGACCUUCUCCAGAGAGAGUCACAUGCACGCUUACAGCAGUACCAGCUUGCAGGUAUGAGCCCCUUACGGAGCAACAGUGGGCCCAGUGACAUGGAUAUGGGUCGUCAUGGAUAUGAAGCACCAGAUUCAGUUCCUGGGGAACCUCAUCGACAGUAUGGUGGUGGGGUACAGUUUGAUUCUUAUCGACAGCGCCAUGAAUCGUUUGGGCGUGGGAGAAUGCAAGUUGCUGAUACCCGGGUUCCUACCCCUGGGGGCCGACUUUACAAUACGGGUCCACGCUAUUAUUGAUGGGUUUUCUUGACCCUUGGUUGUUUGCUAAAGAUUAGACUGUUAGGUGAAGUUUAGGGGGUGCUGCUCUUGGUGUCUGUUUGUGGCUUAGAAUAUCCACUCUUUUUAUGGUCAAAUGUACCAGGUACUAUGACACUACAUGUCUACAUUACUGUUAAUCUACUAUCAAGUAUUUUUAAUCUAGGCAUAGUAAUGAUGCA